CACAGGUGAAGGCAAUUCAUCUCGUGACCCCUCUUAGACCUCAUUUACAGGCUGACCAGUACUGGGGAAGCAUCUCUGGUUGGGGAUCUCUUCCUUGUGGAGUCUUUUCUGUAAGCCUAGCUCUUAGGACACUGGGGUUGAACAGAGAAGAAGAACUGGAAUGAUGCCAUAGUGCUCCCCAACAGGAGGUGAUGAAUGGGACAAGCAUGUUGCUGCUCGUGUAGCCAAGUGAUGAGCCAACAGUGCAAGUUCUGCUCUUGCUGCUAACAAAGCUGUACCGCCUCUGCCUCAAGCUGUUUCCUGCACAGCUCUCCUUGCCCUGCAACCAUCCCUAGGGCUCCGUUCAGCCAGGAUCCCUCGCUUCAGGGAACACGCGGAGCUCUCCUCCCCUCAGUGCCCAUCAUGCCGCAGCCGGUCGCCAGCCGGCGGGCACGGCGCGUCGGGGCGGGGCGGCGGAGGGAGGCCGGGGCUGCCCCGUGGUGGCGGCCGUUGCCGGGUAACUGGGGCGUCCUCGGCAGCAGGUGGGAGCCGUUCCGGCCCUGUAGCGGCCGGUUUCUGUUGCUGGGAGCCUUUCUUCGUGCCCCGGUCCCUCGCAGGGAGCAGUUGGUGGCAGCCCGGAGGCGCCAGAGUGUUUGUGGGAGCCGCGGGCGCCGAGUUAGCGGGCGGUUGCCUGUCCUGAGCAAUCCCACCAGCCCGCUUGCCCGUGGUCAUGCACCUGGCCUGCACCGUGCUCGUGGAAAACUCCAUUAUUUCACCAUGUGAACGUUCCUGUUCAUCUCAGAGUUUUCCAUCCCGUUCAAAACUUUCUGGUUAUGAAGGAAUCAAACAAGAAAUUGCACUGCGGGCGAAUGCAUCAUUGAAGAUAAGUGGAGAUGAAUGACUAGUAAAUGAAAAUCUCUAUAGCAGAGGGAUGGAAAGAAGAAGGGGCAGGACAGCAGCACUGCUGGAAGAAAAGCAUAUGAAGAAGGACCUGAAGUGGAAUCCUGGCAGAGCUUCUCGUCCAGCCUCAGCUACAGUUCGGGUGACUGACUUGAGUUGGCGAGGUAACCUAAAUCCCAGUCCACUGAUUAAAGAUGAUGGAGAACUACUUAUGGAUGAAUACCUUUCCCCCAGGAAACUGAAAGCUUUGACAGGGAUGGAUGAUCUGCAGCAAGUAAAGGCCCUGGAGAUGCAAGUAGAUACAAGAGAGAGCAGCUUGGGGAACUUUGGUGCCUAUCUACCUAAUCUGAGAGAGCUGAAGUUGAACAAUAGCUUGCUCGUAUCUGUGAGGGAUCUCGGAACCACAUUGUCCCAUCUCCACGUGCUGUGCAUGGUUUGCUGUGGGCUCUUAGAUUUAGAUGGAAUCUCUGCCUUCAGCUCUCUAAAAGAACUCUACAUAGCCUACAACAAAAUCUCAGACCUGUGCCCACUGAGCUUUUUGGAUCACCUUGAGGUUUUGGACCUGGAAGGAAACAAUAUUGAGGACAUCAACCAGAUGCAAUACCUGGGGCUUUGCUGCAAACUGAGCAGCCUGACAGUGCAGGGCAACCUUAUUUGUUUAAAGCCAAAUGCAGAAUCUGCAGAGGAACUAGAUUACAAUUACAGAGCUGAAGUGAAAAAACUCAUUCCCCACCUGGAGUAUUUGGAUGGAAUGCCAGCAAGCCAGACUGCCGUCUCUCCUUCCAGUAAGAUGAAUGAGGACUGGCUAAUCAUCAAGGAAUCCAUCAAGGAGGGUGGUUUGCCCAGAGACAUUUCAUGGUUAGGUCCAUGUGCAAUGGCAAGGCAGCCUGGAUGCAGCCCAAGACCUCCUACAACUUCCAGACCUGGAACUGCACAGUGGUCUGCUAGCGCAGGAAGGUGUAACAGUUCCCGUCUGUUGUACAGCAGCUCUCCUCUUCCAGAUCCCACUAUUUCUGAAGACCUGUUUCCAGAUGACUCCAGUGAUUUGACACAUGGACUCAGCCAAGUGAUAUGUGGUAACCCCAUCAAGGCCCUUCGUGCAAGGAGGCUAAAGCUAGGUCCACCUGCAGCGAGCUCCUUGAAACUGCGCAGUCUGAAGAUAGAAAACCCUGACAUCUCUGUAGGAGGAGGAGAUGUGAGCCAGGAAGACGUCUUCUCUGCACCGAGAGCGUGGAGAGAGCAGCAUCAGCGGCGGUGCCUGCACACAGCUCAGCAAGAAAGUGUCAUCCCAGCAGCAAAGCUAGCUAUAGAUGAUAAGGAAGAGGAUGAAGGCUGCAGCCCAGCCAGUGGUGCUGAGAGUGAGCUGAGGGACACCUCAGAUGAGGAUCUCACUGAAGGGAUUUCACCUGAUUCUACUUGCCACUCCUGUCUCUCCCAGUCCUCCUCAGAUUCAUUACGUGCUCAGGAAAGCCAAAACCACUGUCUAAUUCCGUAUCCUCCAAAAAGUCCUUCACCUGCAACUCUGAUGGGUUUUGCAGCAAGACCCCGGGAGCUGAGGAAGCACAGGGCAAGGUGCCUGAAGCUAACCAGCCCAGAGGAGGACAGGCAGCCCCAGCAAUGCCAGGCAAGGGCAACUCAAGAGACUUCAGCUCAGCUGCUGGGCAAGGGCCUUGCUCUGCUGAGCUUGCACAGUGCACCGGCAGCACAGAAGUCUCUGCCCUUCAGCCCCCAAGGGCAUUGCCAGCCUGAUGGCAGCACUGCCAGGCAGAGGCCUAUCUCAGGACCCGCAGCUGUUGGAUCAGCAGGCAUCAGCCCCACCUUGGACACGAGUCCCUGCAGAGUGACCAGCCAUCCCCAGCCAGUUGUCCUCUCACCCCCAAUCCCCUCAGGGAGGGUUGGGCUGAUGAAUGCUGUUUGCCCUCCAACUGCUGGGGCAGUGCUGCAGAAGCUGCCAGCCAGUCCCUCCAUCUCAUCAACGUCUCAAAGCAGGAGUCUCCCAUUCAUAGCCCGUGUGUAUCAGACCCAUUGACGCCGUGUCAUCUCCACGCACUGGGUGCAGUCCUGACACUUGGAGGAUCAGUGCCAUCUUUCAGCCGCCUCUGCAAGAUAAAAGCAGAACUGUGCAAGUAGAGCAGUUCAAACAAAUGCCAUGAUUUGCCUCAAUUAAGGCUACAGCUGGUCCAGAAGUACUUUCUUUAAAGAGCACCUGCUGAUCAACAGAAGAGCUAAUCAACCCCUGAUGACAGCCAACGUGGUUAUUUUUUGCACAGCCUUCAUGCACUAAAGCAGAACAACUCUUAAUGUAUUUCCUCUCUCCUGCCUCGUGCCCCACUCUGUGGGUGAGGCAGUGGCAGUAAACCAGCAGGGCUCAGUGCCUGCCAGUUCCAGGGUGGGCUGGAAGAAGUAGGAGACGUGCAGCAUUCCACCUCAUGCUCAGCAGCCUGGCCAACAAGCAUCCCUGCUGUGUGUGGCUUUUGCAGAACUCAGCAUUCAGGGGCAAAGCCGAGUGUUCAAGGCAGCAUUGACCUGAGCAUGUUUGCGUAUCGUAUGACUGAGUCAUUUUAAAUAAUGCAGAGGCAAAGAUGAGGCAGGGGAAGUAAGAAAAUGAUCUCUUGUUUUAUAGUGGGGCAUUUGCUUUAUAGUUGGUUGAGAUUCAAAAGAGCUGGUUUUAGUGGCUGCAGGCUGUGGUGCUGAUCCCAGUGGCUGUGCCUUAUGACUUUAUUGAUGUUACAGUCUUAAACAGCAUCAUCAUAUUUUUUACAGUUUCAGUUACCGUGUUGGAUAUAUAUUUUAAAAUCACUUGAUGAAACAGUAAUUAUGUGAUGAGUUAAUUAAUUGUUUUAUGUCUUCUCUCUACCAGUCAGCUAAAAGUAAAGGAACGGGAUGGCAGGGAAAGCCCAAAAUCUUCAGCUUGUUAUGGUGCACUGCUUUCACUUAGAAAAUAUCCUGCAGCUGGUAGCUAGUUUGCCUAGUUUUGGUGGGCACUAGAGAAAAUCAUCCAUCAAAAAGCAUCAAAAACAACUUGGUGUGUGAUCCAUGAAAUGCUGUGGAUGAGGCAGAUGUUGCCCAACACCAAUGCUUGUGUCAUUAAAGUGGCUCCUCGGAUUGACUCUUUGCCAGUGUCACUGGCCAUGACCAUGGCCAAAAAGAACCUGACCCAAGGAAGUGGCAGCACAGUUUUCAGAAAUAGUCUGCAGCAAGGUAACAAUCAGGCUCUUCUUGUGCAGGGCUGUAACAGCGGGUGAUGGGUAGGAGCACGCUCUUUGGGUAUUCUGAGCCUCCUUCUCAGUUUGUGUCUUUGGUUUCAAGAGGGCAGAAAAAAAAAAGCAUAAGUGGGUUUUUGUGCUUAGAAAACGGGGCAGCUGGA